UGUUCGCAUAAUUGUUCAUUUGCUUCCUUUAAUAAUCUCAGAUGCACGAAUUUUUGAUCGCGCAGCAUGGAUGUGGAGAAUCCACUUAUCGGCAGUGAUGGGAGUCCUGAAUUCUAUCAUGAUGGAGAAGCAUCAGUCAAUAGACACAGCCAAAUAUAUCGGCGUGGCUCAAAUCUCAGCGAGACAAGUUUUGUCUCUAACGUUGAGAUGGCUCAUGAUGAGGUUUUUGCUGGCCCGAUGCCAGAAAGCGUGCCAAGUAGUAUAUCAUCUUUCGCUCAUCGCAGAAACAGAGCUGAUUCAACUGCCGCGAGCUUUACGUACCUUGAUAUGAACGAACAGCAAGACUGGGAUAUCGGCGGUACAGAAAUUGAUGGCGAUCAAGAAUAUGGGUUUGAAGAAUGUGAUGUUGAUUUGGAAGCUUGCAAUCUCUCCCACCCGCGCCGCAAGUCCUCAACAUACUCAGGAAUUUCACCCGAAGAUCCUCUAUUGCGGCGCCAUAUAUCUACAACGACAGACGCCAGUGGUGUUGGACGCGGGCAUCGAGUCAGUCAAAAGAUAUACAUUCUGACCGAGGAUAUGACCAUUGUAGUUGCUGGGUUUUCGACGAACGUUAUUGGCUCUAUUAUUUACUUUUCUCUCUGCAUACUUUCUUUCGGUUUAGCAUAUCUCCUAUUUAAAUGGCUUCCGCGAUGGAAGAUAUUCCUUGUGGGCUCUGCUUCUCCUCUCCGAGAUUGCUCGUGGGUAGUAAUAGAGAACCAAUGGGGAGAGUUGUCUCUACAUGAUAUAUCGAAGCAGUCAUACGGGCGUCCUUUAUCGACAGUUUUCAUGUCCCAAGAGAAAAGUCCCAUCGGCGAUGAAGAAUAUGACGAAGAAGACCCAAUAAUUGAUUAUCUUCGGUCCAUAAAUUAUCGCUAUGUCACGUUCUUCUACCAUCCUUUGAACGGUAAAUUCGUACUUUCCAACGACUGGAAAGACCCAAGUUGGACUGAUGUUCGGUCUGUCCGUGCUGGGCUUGAUGGAGAGGAAAGGGAUAUUCGUGAGAGGAUUUUCGGAAGAAAUGUCAUUGAAAUUGAAGAGAAGACCCUUUUCCAACUCCUUGUUGAUGAGGUCCUCCACCCUUUCUAUAUUUUCCAGAUCGCUAGCUUGAUUCUUUGGUCUCUUGACGAGUAUUAUUAUUAUGCGGCUUGCAUCUUCGUUAUAUCUGUCGUCAGUAUCGCUACCACGCUCAUGGAAACAAAAGCUACAAUGCGCCGUCUCCAUGAGAUUUCGAGAUUUGAAUGCGAUGUUCGGGUUUUGCGAAAUGGGUUUUGGAGACAUGUUUCAUCCGGAGAACUUGUUCCUGGCGACGUCUACGAAGUCACUGACCCGUCACUCACCCAGUUCCCUUGUGAUAGUCUCCUCUUAUCUGGCGACUGUAUAGUAAAUGAAAGCAUGUUGACAGGAGAGUCAGUUCCGGUGUCUAAAACUCCUGCUACCAAUGAAUCGCUUCAUAACCUGGAUCCUGGAUCCUCUUCCAUACCGUCUGACAUUGCAAAGCACUUUCUGUUCUCCGGCACAAAGAUCAUAAGAGCUCGGCGCCCGCAAAAUGAUAAAGACGACGAGGGUGUCGCACUUGGCUUGGUAGUGCGAGCUGGGUUUAACACAACAAAAGGCGCCCUCGUUCGUUCCAUGCUUUUCCCAAAGCCGUCUGGUUUCAAGUUCUACAGAGACUCAUUCCGGUACAUAUCUGUCAUGGCUGGAGUAGCACUGCUGGGAUUUAUUGCUUCAUUUAUCAACUUCAUUCGCUUGAAACUCGCCUGGCAUCUUGUCAUCGUCCGAGCCCUUGAUUUGAUCACUAUAGUUGUACCCCCAGCGCUUCCAGCUACGCUCACUAUAGGAACCAAUUUUGCAUUGUCUCGAUUAAGGAAGAAAGGCAUAUUUUGUAUAAGCCCACAGAGAGUAAAUGUUGGGGGAAAGCUUGAUAUCGUUUGUUUCGAUAAGACAGGAACACUUACAGAAGAUGGGCUUGAUGUCUUGGGUGUCCGCGUAGUGCAGCGUCCCACAAAAAGGUUUAGUGACCUUCUCUCGAGCCCGUCUGUUAUUCUGCCUGGUUCUUUUCGUGAACAUGAUCCAACACUCGAUUACGACUUUCAAAAAAUCAUUUUGUACACAAUGGCUACAUGUCAUUCUCUUCGAUCAGUUGAUAAAGAACUUGUUGGCGACCCGCUAGAUAUCAAAAUGUUUGGGUUCACGGGUUGGUCUUUCUCAGAAGGUGACCAGAAAUCGGCUGUAAUGGAAGAGGAUGGUCAAAACCGGCUUUCGCCUUCAGUUGCCCGACCACCGGAUGGAUUCGAGCCAGAUCAGAUGACCAGCGGCCAAUCGCUGGAGCUGGGCAUUUUAAAAUCAUUCGAAUUCGUUUCCCAGCUUCGAAGAGCCAGCGUUGUCGUCAGACGGUUCGGAGCGACUGGGGGCGAUAUAUACGUCAAAGGUGCUCCAGAGUGCAUGAAGGACAUCUGCCGUGCUGAAUCUUUUCCUAUCGACUAUGAGAAUCUUUUAAAUUAUUACACACAUCGGGGCUUUCGCGUUAUUGCGUGCGCUACGAAGCACAUUCCGAAGCUUAACUGGGUCAAAGUGCAGAAAAUGAACCGUUCAGAAGCUGAAUCAUCUCUAACCUUCGUCGGGUUCAUUAUAUUUGAAAACAAACUCAAGUCAAAUACCACGGAAAUUCUUAAAGAACUUGGCAGUGCAGGUAUUCGCCGGGUUAUGUGUACUGGCGAUAAUAUCUUAACGGCAAUCAGUGUUGCUAGAGAGUGUAGCCUCAUUGACGAAACUGCUCAUUGCUUUGUCCCACGGUUUCUCGAAGGUGACUGCACUUCACCAAACGCGAGACUCGUCUGGGAAAGCGUGGAUAAUCCUAACUACCGCUUAGACGAGUACACUUUGAAGCCUCAAUCACCACCACCCCAAAGUGACGCUUCUCUUCCGUAUGACAUCGUGAACCUCCGUAACUAUAGCGUGGGAGUGAGCGGCGAUGUGUUUCGCUGGAUAAUUGACUACGCACCUGAAGAGAUUGUCAAAAGGAUGCUUGUUUGCGGGGAAGUGUUCGCUCGCAUGUCACCAGACGAAAAACACGAGCUGGUUGAAAGACUUCAGAGUUUAGAAUACAGCUGUGGGUUUUGCGGCGAUGGCGCAAAUGACUGCGGUGCUUUGACUGCGGCAGACGUUGGCAUCUCGUUGUCUGAAGCCGAGGCAUCAGUUGCUGCACCAUUCACCAGUAGAGUCUUUGAUAUAUCCUGCGUUCCAGAGGUAAUCAGGGAAGGCCGAGCGGCUUUGGUUACGAGCUUCAGUUGUUUCAAGUACAUGAGCAUAUAUUCAGCGAUACAGUUUACAUCUGUGAGCUUUCUCUACGCGUCGGCGUCCAAUCUAGGAGAUUUCCAGUUUCUGUUCAUUGACUUACUGCUCAUUUUACCCAUUGCAAUAUUCAUGGGCUGGACUGGGGCAUAUCCUACCCUUUGCCGCAAGAGACCAACAGCAAGUCUUGUGUCACGCAAAGUUUUAACUCCUUUGCUCGGCCAGAUAUCAUUGUGCGUUCUCAUUCAAUUUAUUGGAUUUGAAUAUGUGCGGAAACAACCAUGGUUUGUGCCGCCGCAGAUUGACCAUGAAAAAUCAAAUGUACGAAACUCAGAAAACACAACACUAUUCCUUACUUCCUGCUAUCAAUACACAUUAUCAGCGAUAGUUCUGAGUGUGGGCCCGCCUUUUCGACAAUCCAUGGCUUCCAACGUACCGUUGGUUAUCACCUUGGUUAUUGCGACCUUGCUCUCCACUUACAUGCUUUUUGAUCCUGCUAAGUGGCUCUUCGAUUUUAUGGAUCUCACUGUGCUGUCGAUGCCCUUCAAAGCAUUUGUGCUAGCACUCGCCCUGUCUGGUUUUGCCUGUUCCUGGCUAGCGGAGAGGUGGGUGUUCCCGCAUUUAGCGAGCGCGAUCGGCAAGGCGAAGACGGCUCUCCUCCCUUUGCCGCCCAAAAAGCGAAAGGAGUACAAAAUAUUGAAGGACGAAAUGUGCCAGUCGUGAGUUGCUAUCAAUCGAGCGUGUUGGUUUUGGAUUGAAAGGAGAAACAGGGUUAGGCCAGCUGGCGGUUGUAUAUAAGUGUAUAACGUAACCAUUAAUUUAUCUUUGGCAACAAAUAGUAAGGAUCUAUGCAGCCAGCGAGUGUAGGAUAUUUUUCAUGACGUCAACAUAUUGGAGAUCGAUCUCAAUUCACGAUGCAAAUGGGGAGGAGCUGCAAAAUUGACGAUGCCCG